CUUUUUGCUGAUGUCCUCACUAGAGUAGAAUUCUACAUACCGCUUAGUAUAUAGGAAGGCCGGAGGAGGUGAAAUUUCUGGAAGAUCCCAGUUUGGGUUUUUGUUCUCAAUUCAAUCGCCUCGCCAUCCACGGGGAUACGCGAGCUUGAUCAGGAGACAUGGGGAUUGUGAGGACGCUGGAGGAAGAGGAGGAAAGAAUGGAGCUUGAGGAGUUCCGGCGCACGGUGCUCCUUGCGACUGCCGCCUUGAAUCGGAGGAAAGAUGAGGAAGAAUUCCAGGGAUUACCCGUUUCGUCGGAAGAUUUUGUGGGUGAUUGUGAAGAAGAGAAGCUUGUUUGUGUCACCAGUGGCGUGUCUUUCUUGGGACUCUCUGUUGUUAACCGACUCUUGCUUCGUGGGUACUCUGUUAGAAUCAUUGUCGAUAACGAAGAAGAUGUAGAGAAACUGAGAGAGAUGGAAACAUCAGGGGAGAUGAUGAGGACCGGCAACCGGAAUAUCUCUGUGGUUACUGCUAAGCUGACGGAAGUGCACGGCCUGAUGGAGGCCUUUGAUGGGUGCCUUGCUGUGCUUCACACCUCCGCUUUUGUUGAUCCUGCUGGAUUCUCUGGAUAUUCGAAAUCCAUGGCUGAAAUAGAAGUAAAGGCCAGUGAGAAUGUGAUCAAGGCAUGCGCAAGAACAGCCUCUGUUAGGUACUGUGUGCUCACUUCCUCUCUUUUGGCCUGCAUAUGGAGAGACGGCACCCAACAUGAACUCUCCCCUGUGGUUAACCACUAUUGCUGGAGUGACGAAUCUCUCUGCAUGGACAAAAAGCUCUGGUAUGCCCUGGGCAAGCUAAGGGCAGAGAAAGCAGCAUGGAGACUAGCAGAGGAGAUGGGCUUGAAACUGACCACCAUCUGCCCAGGUCUCAUCACAGGUCCUAAGUUCUUCUCUAGAAACUCCACAGCCACCAUAGCUUAUCUCAAAGGGGCACAGGAGAUGUAUGCAGAUGGCCUGCUAGCAACUGUUGAUGUAAACAGAUUGGCAGAGGCGCAUGCAUGUGUGCUUGAGGCAAUGAACAAGACAGCAUCAGGGAGGUACAUUUGCUUUGAUUAUGUAAUUGAGAAUGGGGAGGAAGCAGAGAACUUGGCCAGAGAAGUUGGGAUACCAUCAGACAGGAUUUCUGGAAAUCAAUUCAACUUCAUUCCUACCAGGUUUCAAUUGUCAGACAGGAAACUUACCAAUCUCAUGUCCAGAAUAUCUAGGAGCUGCCAUCGUGAAUGCUAAAUCUUAGAUUUUCUUUGGCAAACCCAUGUAAACAUAAUCAAGAAAUGCUAAUUCAGUUCAGGCUCCUUUUGUUCCUCAUCCUGUAGAGAUCUAUUUUGCAUUUGGGGAAGGAGAAUGGAUUAUAUACCCAAAAAAAAAAAAAAAAUCAAAUUGAAUCAAAUUA